CGUGAUUCGUCGGUCAAAAUUCAGAUGCGUCUAUCGGAGCUCAGCUCCCCAGUUAAGCUAAACAUAAUAGUAGUAUAUAUGUAGCUGCUGCCUGCUAGCUAGAACUACGACGACGCAGCGAGCAGCUGCAAGGCUAGACAUGGAGAGAACAAAGAGAGCCAGCAUGGUUAGUCAGGUGGAGGAGGAAGAAGACGGCGAGCACUGCACACACAAGACGGUGAGGAAGGGGCUAUGGUCUCCUGUCGAGGACGCGAGGCUUUCCAGCCACAUCACACGCUACGGCGUCGGCACGUGGUCCUCCGUCGCCGAACUAGCAGGGCUGGAGAGGAGCGGGAAGAGCUGCAGACUGAGAUGGAUGAACUACCUGCAGCCGGACCUCAGCCGGGAGCCCAUCUCCAGGCAGGAAGAGGACCGCAUCGUGUCCCUGCAGAAACUCCUAGGGAACAGGUGGUCCGCGAUUGCGGCGAGGAUGCCCGGCAGGACGGACAAUGAGAUCAAGAACUACUGGAACUCACUCAUCAAGAAGAAGAAGAAGAAGAAGCUCAAGCAGAGCAUGGACACCGGCGGCGGCGGCGGCGACUACCACCAAUCACUGCCGGGCCCGGAGCCGGAACCGGAAGUGCACCGGACGGCAGCACAUGAGGGAUCGUCCGCUGGUAUGUACACUACUACUGGUACUGGUCAUAUCGAUACGUCGGAGGUUCGAGUCGAGCAUGGCGGUACCACAGCCUCGCACAACAACGACUCGGCAGAUCACCCAAGGCCGUCGCCGCUGCCUCAGCUUCCGGUUUUCGCAGGCCAGGUACUACUGGACCCUGAUGCUGCCGUUCGGAAUGGCGAGCAGACAGCAGCACCAGCUCAGGCCUCCUCCCUCAGCCUAAUACCGUUUCCCAAGAGCCGUGAGAUGAACUUUGUGGAAGAGUAUGUCCAGUUCCUCGUGUCUCUCUCGGAUGAUCUGCUGGAAAUAUGAGCGUGCGCUAUUGGGGAGGGCGGCCAGGGUGCAACACAAGAUGCAUGCACAAGCAAAAUAUUGAAACAGCUGGAGAUAUGUUCAUCUGCGCGCAAAGCAAAAUAUUCAUUUUUUUAUGAUGAUGAUGAACUAGCGAACUGAACCAUGCAAUUGUGUGACUAGUACGCAUCAAGAAUCCAGUAUUGUAUCAUUACGACUUUUUUUUGAUAAAUAAUGUACUUUGCCUUAAAAUGGGUCUGAAU